AUGGGCCGCAGGCUUGAUGUCCUGUAUUUUGACACCACAUAUUACCCUGUGGCUGCUUUCAGCUGUGCUUUUUUCUUGUACUUGUACAGGUAUGUUAGCCCAAAAAUAUCCACAAAGCUAUGUCCAAAGUACAGUCUACUUUCAGAUAUGGAGCAGGUCGACUGGAACAACAGAAUCAACUCCACAGUACACUCAGUUAUCGUAAGCUGUAUGUGCGCCUACACCAUGGUUUACGAUGAUGAAAUCGCAGAAGACCCCAUCUGGCAAGACUCUCCACUGGUUAGAACAAGCUGUGCAAUCGUUGCUGGUUAUAUGACUUCAGAUGUAAUAAUUAUGACAAUUCAUUACAAGCAGAUUGGAGAAAUGUUUUAUGUACUACACCACGGAGCAUCUAUAUAUGCAUACUAUUAUGUAAUGACUUAUGGGGUUCUUCCAUAUUUUGCUAACUAUCGACUUGUGGCAGAGUUUUCAACACCUUUUGUCAAUCAGCGGUGGUUCCUUUCACAGCUGGGAUAUGAAAAAACCAAUUUUGUAUUUGUUUCAAACGGUGUGGCAAUGGCAGUAACAUUCUUCGUGGUGCGCAUUGCAGUGAUGCCCUCCUACUGGCACAGAGUAUACAAAGUCUACAACACGCCUGCUUUUAAUCGACUGGGAUACAUCCAGCUUUGCUUGAUUAUUCCCUGCCUCAUUUUGGACAUUAUUAAUAUUUACUGGUUUUACAAAAUUUGUAUUGGGGCUUACAAAAUAUGUUGUCUGUUUUUUGAGAAGGAAAGGCUCGAGGGUAAAUCUCAACCUGGGUUUAAAUCUUCUUCACCUAAUGACACAAUUUCAAAAACAUCAUUAGUCCCAAAUCACUCUGAAUGUCAUAAACAUAUUGAUUAA